CCCCUUACACACUGCCAAUACACACACAAACCCAAACACCCAGACACACAGAGGGAGGAAGGGAGACAUGUUACACAUGUGAAGCUCUGUUAGGAUUCAUUAAAACUUCAGGGAAAUGAGGAGAGGGCAUUAAUAAUAAUACUGAAACAACCGGAGUCCCACCUGCGUAUGGCUGUUGCGUCUGAGUGGGCGGCAUCUUAAAAGAGAAAGUGAAACUGAGCAUCAAGGAAGCAUGAUGAAGCUAAAGUGAUCGAGGUUCAAAAAAGGAAUCCCAGAGGAAUAGUCAAUAUAUUUGUAUUAACUAUUGAGUUUGGGAGGUCCUUGCUGCUUGACCCCAGUGUACGAGAUAUGAAUAAAUGAGUUCUGUGCUAAUAGUCAGCAUCUCAGACGGGUUGGCAUCAUUUUAAUCAAUUUUGCUGACAGACAUUUCUUUUGCAAUGACUGCAGUUAGGCUUUUAGUGCUGCUGGUGUUCAAGGUGUGCAUGGUUGGGUCUCAGCCCUCCCAGAAUUCACAGCAGGUAACAAGCCCGCCUAGUCCUACCACAGAACAACCACCCCUGGAACAUGGCACCCUGUCCUUCCCCUGGAGCCGUCUCCGUCUGCCGAGGUACAUUGUUCCUCUUCACUACCACCUUCUCCUGCACCCCAACCUCACAACUCUCAGUUUCACAGGCACCGUGCAGAUCCAGAUUGACGUCCAGAACAAUACAAACUGGGUUGUGUUACACAGCAAGGGUCUUCAAAUCUCCAAGGCCACAAUUUUAGACCAUAACCUUGCUCAUCUAUCUGACCAGGUUCUUCCAGUUCUUCACAACCCUUUGCACGAGCAGAUAGGCAUUUUUUCUCCUAGGGUUCUCAGCAGCGGGCAUAAGUAUUUCCUGUAUGUAGAGUUUGAAGCACCGCUAGCUGAGGGAUUUUAUGGCUUCUACAAAAGCAGCUACAGAACCAGUGAAGGAGAGACCAGAAACCUAGCUUCCACUCACUUUGAACCCACAAGCGCUCGAAUGGCAUUUCCUUGUUUCGAUGAGCCGAGCUUCAAAGCCAACUUCUCUGUGCGGAUCAGGAGGAGCCCGGAGUACAUUUCUCUCUCCAAUAUGCCUGUGAUCAAAACAAAACAACUGAGCGGUGACCUUCUUGAAGAUCAUUUCGCCCCGAGUGUGACGAUGAGCACGUACCUCGUAGCUUUCAUCGUUUGUGACUUUAAGUCUGUCAAUGCAACAACAUCGUCUGGGGUGAAGGUGUCCAUCUAUGCUGCACCUGAGAAGUGGAUGCAAACCCACUAUGCUUUGGAGGUUGCUGUUAAAAUGCUGGACUUCUACGAGGAGUACUUCAACAUUCGCUAUCCUUUACCCAAACAAGAUCUGAUUGCCAUCCCAGAUUUCCAGGUCGGUGCAAUGGAGAACUGGGGCCUGACCACCUACAGGGAGACCAGCCUUCUCUAUGACCCCCUCACAUCCUCCAUUUCUGAUAAACUCUGGGUUACAAUGGUCAUUGGUCAUGAACUUGCCCAUCAGUGGUUUGGGAACUUGGUCACCAUGGAUUGGUGGAACGACCUCUGGCUGAAUGAAGGAUUUGCCAAAUACAUGGAAUAUAUUUCAGUGGAGGCCACCUACCCUAUUCUCAAAGUGGAGGAGUAUCUACUGCACACAUGUUUUGCAGCAAUUAGUCUUGAUUCUUUAAACUCCUCUCGGCCUAUCUCGAGCCCAGCAGAGAGCCCCACUCAGAUCGAAGAGAUGUUUGACACAGUCUCCUAUGACAAGGGAGCAUGCAUCCUGCACAUGCUGCGACACUUCCUGACAGAAGACGUGUUUCAGGGCGGGAUAGUGCGAUACCUCCGCAAGUACAGCUACGGAAAUGCCCACAAUCAGGACCUUUGGGACAGUCUAUCUAAUACAUGCUCAGAGGAUGACUUCACCUCAGGAAAACACUGUUACAGCAGUGACCAGGCCUCCAAGAAUGCAUAUCUGUUUGCAGGGGAACACCUAAACCUGACAGCCAUGAUGAACACUUGGACUUUACAGAAAGGGAUUCCUCUGGUCACUGUGACCAGAAAGGGCCCUCGACUGCUGCUAAGACAGGAUAGGUUCUUAAGGACAAUUCUUCCCUCUGAUCCUCAGUGGCCCGCUGUGCAAAAAGGUUUCCUAUGGCAGAUUCCUCUGACAUACAAGACUGAUACUUCCAGCACCAUCCACAGACAUCUGAUGACUUCUCCUACAGACAGUAUACACAUUGGAGAAGAAGCCAACUGGGUGAAAAUAAACUCUGAUAUGACCGGGUAUUAUGUGGUUCAUUAUGCUGAUGAUGGUUGGGAUGUGAUGGCUAAACUACUGAGGGAAAAUCACACUGCUCUGAGCUACAAGGACAGGACUCAAUUGAUACACAAUGCAGUUCAGCUAGUCACGGCGGGGCAUCUCCCACUUAAUAAAGCCUUGGACCUGAUAGGUUAUCUACAACUUGAGAAACACACAGUGCCUCUCCUCCAAGGACUUGGUUAUCUGAAGGUCUUUUACCACAUUAUUGAAAAGAAAAAUGAGCCAAUUUUAACACAAGAACUGGGAAAAUACAUCCUGAAGUUUUUCAGGGCCAUCAUCGACCAGCAGACAUGGAGUGACAGCGGCACUGUGUCUGAGCGACGUCUGAGGUCGGAGGUCCUGUCUCUGGCUUGUCACCUGGAAUACCCCCCCUGUCUGGAGCGUGCAAAUCAUCACUUUCAAGACUGGCUCCGUUCCAAUGGGACAUUGAACUUGCCUACUGAUGUGGCAGAGACCGUUUUCUCAGUGGGAGCUCAAGAUGACCAUGGCUGGACCUCGCUCCUAAACACGUACAAGAUUUCCCUCUCAGAAGCCCAGAAGACAAAGAUCCUCUUUGCUUUGGCAACCACCAAAGACACAGACAAGCUGCAAAGACUGCUGGCAAUGGGUCUGAAAGGGGAGGUGAUUCGCUCACAGGACCUGUCUCAUGUCGUUUGGAUGGUGGCUGGUAACCCGAAGGGAUAUUAUCUGGCCUGGAACUUUGUCAAACAGAACUGGGACACACUAGUUGAAAAGUUCCAGUUAGGCUCAUCCUGCAUCAGGACCAUGAUUAUUGGGACCACAGGACAGUUUUCAUCUCCAGAGGAGCUCACUGAGGUGCAAUUAUUUUUCGAAUCCAUCAAAGAGCAGGCUUCUCAGCUUAGAGCAACACAGCUUGCCCUGGACAAUAUACAGAAAAACAUUCGCUGGGUUCAGAGGAACUUGGAAACUCUGAGAAACUGGCUGAAUGAUCAGGUGAAAUGA